AUGGCGGCGGCGCGGAGGCGGUCCGCGCCCGGUGAGCGCGGGUCCCGGCUCGGCCCCGACCCUGCUCUGGCGGCCCCCUGGUAUGUGCCCCGACCCCCCAUAAUCCCUCGGUACGUGCCCGGGCUCCCCCAUAACUCCCCUCCGAUACGGGGAAAAAGGCAAAGGGCGGGAGUCGUCUUCGUAGGAGCCCUCGCGGUGGCAAGUGGCAGUGCGCACCUCGGGGAUGGCUACCAGAACAUCAUCAAGACGGACCUGGCCAAGCAGUGGGAGGGGAAGUCGCUGGUGAGGAACAACCUUUCCAAGGAGCUCCAGCACCAGCUGCGCAAGAGGAAGUUUAGCUUCAGGAAGGCUGACGAGUACCUCCGUGGUCUGGGCAAGCCCCACGGGGAUGGUGGGAAGGGAGGCAAAGCCACGGAGCGUUCCACAGAGGAGCAAGAGGUGUCCAACUGCACAACAGCCCAGGAGGGGCUGGGAGACGGUCCUGAAUGUCCUGCGCUACCGGAGCAGGGGGGAGAUCCCAAACCAGACGCCUUGCAGAGUCCCACCGCCGGUGAGGAGGCUUCCUCCGUGAAAACGGUGGGCCCGCUGACAGAGGAAGAUGUUAUAAAGCUGCGGUCAUGUGAGAAGAAGAAGUUGGAAAUCCAAGGCAAGCUCUACUUGGCUCCGCUGACCACGUGCGGUAACCUCCCUUUCCGAAGGCGAUGCGAGCGCUUUGGGGCAGACGUCACCUGUGGAGAGAUGGCUGUGUGCACAAACCUGCUUCAGGGCCAGUCCUCCCAGUGGGCUCUCCUCAAACGGCAUCACACCGAAGAUAUUUUUGGGGUACAGGUGGGUGCUGUCAUCUUGAGAACCAAAGAAAUGAUAACUCGCUUCUGAGGAGAAAAGCUGCUGCUUGAAUUCAUGCAACCUGUCCCCCUCUGGCAGCCGGAGGGAGCGUUUCCAGACACGAUGACCAAAUGCGCAGAGCUCCCGAACCUGACAAUUGAAGUGGACUUUGUGGACAUCAAUGUCGGGUGUCCCAUUGACCUGGUCUACAAGAAGGUAAGAAGACGUUCUGCAGCGCAUUUUCCCUCCUUCAAUAGAUGCUUGUCUUUUGCCUCAUCUCCUGUUACCCGAUCUGCUCCUGCCAGUCUGAUCCAGAGCUCCCGGUUCAUUUCUGGGCACUAGACCUCAGCGAGAAGGCAAAUAAGCUGAUCAAGGAGCAGGGAAUGGUGAGCUGUGUCUCCCUGGCAGCAGGCAGAAGUUGGAAGGGAAGGGGCUGUGGGGUUUUUUUUGAGUCCCUUUUCUGCAAGUCUUGAGGUGCUGCAAGUCUUGAGAUGCCAAGCAGGAAGCGGUGCCCAUCCCCAGGUUAGGAGAGCUGAGCGUUUUCCCCAUUUUUCAUUACCCGAUUUCUGAGUUCGCGCAACACAGUGCAGGGAACUGUUUUUCUCCCCACCUACGAGUCCUCAGGCACUGCCUUGACAUGACUUCGCAAGCUCAAAGGCAGCUAAAAGGAGAGCUGGAGCAGCCAGCUGCUAUUUCCCGUCUCACGGAAACAGAGACUAGCAGAAAUAGAGCAUGGCUACGGCCUUCUCUGGUUUUGCCAAUCCUCAUCCCUUUGGUCAGUGCUGGCAACAGCUGCCUGAAACCACGUUACCAGUACAUCGAGCGGGAUCCGGAUUCUUAAAUGUCAUUUUCCAAUGCCCAGCAAUAGGGGCAUUGUCCUUAUCGGGAGGCUGCGUCCCUCCAGUGCUGGGGUUCAGGGUUAAAGCAACCAGGUCUGUUAGCAACCGGAUCAUUUUAAAUCCUUGUUGGGAUCCGGUGCCAUGAAACCAAUUAAACCUUGCAGCGGAUAUGGGAAGUUGGGAUUGUGAGAAACAAGUUCCGGUCCGAAUAAAAUAGGCUCAGGCAGAAUCCUCUGUGAAGCACAUUUUUAUUCACGUUCUUGCAAGAGCGGGUGACCUAGCAAGUAGGCACACUUCCCGUUCUUGAAACACACCUUUUUAUUCCCUAAUCCCGGCCGAAUUUUUCCCUCCCCUGUUUCCCAUUGGUUGGGUACUCCAGGGUUCACAGUCUGUCCGAGGCGCCUAAAAUUCUUCCCGCAUGUCCUGCCUCUGUUUACUUCUCUUUAUGCUACACCUAGAGGGAUUAUCUGAC